UUUCUCCCAACCUCCAGCUCUGCCUUGCUCCGUCGCAUAUUGUUCUCUUCUCCUCUCUGCCCUCCGCGUCGCGAAACACAUCCUCCCUCCCCGACAGCCUCUCACCAGCCGUUUGCCGCCCGUCGCUGUCUUGUUGUUCGCGACGUGCUGUGCCGUGGGCCGACCCUUGAGCGCAUACUUACCGAAGCGAUCCGCCAUCCUGGGAAACCCUCGUAGGCUCCUAGGCUGACUUGUGGUGCUCUUGUUUCGACGUGAUCGACUUCGCCUCUUCCCUCGAGAGCACCACUCUAAAUACACCCCUCUAGAGACGGCACUCCUGGCAUUCGUUUGCACCUCAUAUACCACACUCGCUUUUACCUCUGCAUGAGGGUUCCUCGGUGAAGGCUUGCUUCGAUACAGCUCGCGACCGCACCAAUGUCAAUGCGCUCGGGGUCGAAGCGGUACAUCAACCUGCAAGGCCUGCAGCAUGAUCGGGACUAUACGGCCUGGUACUGGCGCUUCAUCGCUCUCACUGCGUCAUGGAUGAUAUUGGGAGGAUACCUGAUCCUUCCCGGCCUGUAUGCGAAGGAUCCAGAGCUCAAGUUCAGCCAGGCCGUACUGUCGGUCUUCGUUGUUGCUCUCAUGACAGCUGGGUACUCGUUCACCGCACUGCUCUGCUUCGCCUGCCGCAAUGAGAUGUUCCAGGCGGAAGCUAUCUUCCUUCCGGCCCUCACUUCCUCAGCUCUUGGCCUGCUCACAAUCGCCUACAACUUCCUCUCCUCGCGCCGCUUCCUCUGGAACACGGCCGCCAUAACCGGCACCGUCAUCUCCACCACAUCGACGGUCCUCUACGGCAUACUCCUCCUCUGGACGCAUCGCCGCAUCGUAAAAAUAAAAGAAGCCUCAAGCACGCGCACUGCAAACCUCUGGUCCGAACAGUCGUUCUACACAAACUUCAUCCAAAACAUGUACCCAUCUACGUGCACAAACGCAACCGGACCCAAUCCUGCCGAAGUACCACUGACUGAGGACGACCGAAUAGUCCAGCAAAUGGCCAUGCUCCUCAUGAAGAACGACCCCGGCCCAUCGCCGGAUGCAGCAAGUGCCACCUUCCGAAUAGACCUGCCAGAAGACCGAGAAGAGCGGGAGCGACAAGCCAAUAGCCAGGAGCUACUGGGCACACCGCCAACUGCACAUCCGGACUGGAAUCGAAGCCGAGCAAAUAGCAAUAGCAGACCCGAUAGCCUAAGCGAAGAACAGGCAUGGCAGCGGUGGGACCGCGGACGGACAGCAGCACGACCAUCGAGCGUCGGAGCCCGAAGUAACCACUCCCGAGCCAUGAGCCGCGAGGAACGUCGUAGAGAAAUCGAGAUGGGGUCGUGAUACUAUGCAACUGUCCAUCCACCUCACCUCCAUCUCAGCAUUUACUAAAAAGAAUAUUUCCGAACCAAGCCAUUUCAAGGUAUUGGCAGCGACGGUGUAAGGCGUGUUUCAGGAGCCAAGGAUUUUCGGAGUUUUGAGCAAAUGAAAUGGCACGGGUUCCUGGAGUUUUGAUUAUUUUGGGGGGCCAAUUUUGGACUGGAGUUGGGCAUGUGGUAAUGGGAAAUGAACCACGAUCCUUGAUAUAUGUUUCUUUUCGAACAGGCAUCAUUGAUACCUCUUUUUGAUAUAUACGCCUAUUGUAGUACAGUAAAGUGCAAAUCAGCAAGUAGUUAGUGCCGUAUGUAGGUAGAUACCACCACCAAACGUUAGCUUGAUCAAUCGGAUAGCGAAAUCUUU